UUCUGUGAGCGCACUUCCUUUUCCUCCUCAAUCAAAAUGUCGAAGAGAGGGCGUGGUGGUUCAUCUGGAGCCAAGUUCCGCAUCUCACUGGGUCUUCCAGUGGGUGCUGUUAUCAACUGCGCUGAUAACACAGGUGCAAAGAACCUGUAUAUUAUCUCUGUGAAAGGUAUUAAGGGGCGUUUGAACAGGCUGCCUGCAGCUGGAGUGGGGGAUAUGGUCAUGGCAACUGUAAAGAAAGGCAAACCAGAACUCCGGAAGAAGGUGCAUCCAGCAGUUGUGAUACGGCAGCGGAAAUCCUAUCGACGAAAAGAUGGGGUGUUCCUAUACUUCGAAGACAAUGCUGGGGUCAUAGUGAACAAUAAAGGAGAAAUGAAAGGCUCUGCCAUCACAGGACCUGUAGCAAAGGAGUGUGCAGACCUGUGGCCCAGGAUUGCCUCCAACGCUGGCAGCAUUGCAUGACCUUUCAAUUGUACCCCACCUCCAAACAUUGACCAAUGUUUAAAUAAAAAAUAAACCCAAUCACUACUGUCGCUUUUUUGGAAGAACAAAAAGCAAAGCUAGUACAGGAAAUGAAAAAUACCAAUCGCUUACUUUCACACCUGUAUCUUUCUCAUGGCCACAGGCCUCUCUGAGGAGAAUGAGCCAUCAGCCCUUUUUCUGGAGUACUGCAGCAGAUUCCAGCGGCUUUUCUUCCUGCUAGGUUUCCGGCUGAUUCUUCCACCUGUUUAAUUACUGUCAAAUGAACCAGUUUACCUUGCUUUGCUGUUGUUUCUCUUGGUUCCUGGAAAUGGGUGAAGGGAUUGUGCAUCCAGGAAAAAAGCUUCCAACUGAGUUUGAACAGGCCCUGAUGACGUCACUGAUAUUUGUAUUGAUACCAGCUGUUUUUUCCUAAAAAAAAUAAAUAAAAGUAAAUUUUCAGAUUGAAA